CUGUCAAAAGCUUGAAGUACAUUACACAUGUUUAUCAAAGAUUAGAAGAAUAAUACAUUCACUUUCGUCUUCCAAGAUUACAUUUUUCUAUUAAUUUAUUAAUAUUUAUUAAUAAUGGUUCGAAAAAGAAAAAUUCCAGCCAGAAAACAUCAUGGUGUUCGUGAUCCCAUUAAACAAAAAUCUAUUCAAUUAGCAAAAUUGAAAAAUGUAACAAAUAACCCGCCACUUAAAGGAGGCGAAGAAAAGGUUUCCAAGAAAUUUGCAGAAUUUGUAAGGCUAGCCAAUGCCGCUCAAAGUGGUAAGAAAAUUAAAAGGAUACACGCCGGUAUCGAAGAUAAACCAAAAGAAGCAAACCAAGGCAAUAGUAAGUCAAAGAAAACAAAUAAUGUAAGUAAUACAGGGAGUAAAAUAAAACCUAUUCGGCAAUUGGCAAAUGAAAGUGAUGAAGACUAUCUUCGUCGAGUAAACAGAAUGACAAGCCAGUCACUUAAAGAGGCUGAAUAUGAAGCAAAGUAUGGAGUAACGGUUGUGAGAGAUGCAAAAACUGGUGCAAUCGCGAUAAAGAAAAAGCCUCCAAAUGAGAUUGAUGAAUUGAUUAAGAGGAAAAGAUCAAGAAAACCAAUGGAAAAAGCUAGUGUAAAAAAAAUGGAUCCAAAAGAAGCCAGAGAACUUAUAAAACAAGCUAUAAAAGAGGACAAGGAAGAGUCCAAAAAAGAAAUAAUUGAAGAGUACAAAAGAGAUAACAUCAAAUUUGGUGAGGUGGUACACGCACCACCAACAUUAACAGCCCUUCCCCGCAAAGCACUUCGAAGUGAAACCGUUCCAAGGCCUGGUAAAAAAGAUAACCUUCUUCUAAAGUCAAUGCUUAAAGGCACAAACAAGGAAGCUGUAUCGAAGGUCAAAACAAUUGCUCCACAAACGCUUAAAGCUCCACGAAAGUUCAAGGGCAAGUUGAAGGGAAAACUUAAAGACUUGCCUGCUGGCACGAGAGCAAUGAUCGAAAAGGAACAAAAUAAGGUUAUCGACAUGUAUAGACAGCUUAAAAAGAAUAAACCUUCCCUAUAGUUUAGAUAUACAAAAGAAAUAUGUAUGUAUUAGUUGUUUAAUUUUGUUUUUUAUUAAUAACGAGAACACAUGGCGGCAACCGGGAAACUCA